CUCAGAGAGCCCUCUGCAGAGAUGUCAUGCAGGAGAACUAUGAGAACGUGACCUCGCUGGGGGCCAAUGGCCUGCGAGGAGGGGGCUGUGUAUUUCACCGAAGAAGAGUGGGCUCUGCUGGACCCCGCUCAGAGAGCCCUCCACAGAGACGUGCAGGAGAACUAUGAGAACGUGACCUCGCUGGCAGGUGCUGGGCUGGUGAGUGAGACCAUGGAGCAGAAUUCUCAGCAGGAAGAUGAUGAGGAAGUGGAACCUCAUGGCACACUAUUGCAAAGAUGCAAAGGGAGUGUGUCCAGGAGUUGUGAUCAGGGAAAAGCCUGUGAGAGUCAGCACAUUCCAGAGAGGUGGCAGGGAAACCAGGCAAUGCAGAAGCAUGGAGCGCCGAUCAGCACAGAUGACCAUGCAGUCCCGGAAUCAAACAAGAGCUCCAGCAUGGACCUCAAGAUCCAGGUACAUUUAACCUUCAUGUACCUAGUUAAAGUCACUCCUGGUUCACCCUUCCUGGAGCUGAUGGACAUUCCUAUUGGAGGGACACCCACCUCCAUGACAUAG